GUUGCCUGGGAGCUGCGGGGCAGCGAGUUCCGUUUCCGGUUGCCGAGGCACGAGGAUCUGGUGUUCUAACCCAGUGGGAAAAUGCGGCCUUUGACUGAAGAGGAGACCCGUGUCAUGUUUGAGAAGAUCGCGAAAUACAUUGGGGAGAAUCUUCAGCUGCUGGUGGACCGGCCAGACGGCACCUACUGUUUCCGGCUGCACAACGACCGGGUGUACUAUGUGAGUGAGAAGAUUAUGAAGCUGGCCGCCAAUAUCUCUGGAGACAAGCUGGUGUCUCUGGGGACCUGCUUCGGAAAGUUCACUAAGACCCACAAGUUUCGGUUGCACGUCACAGCCCUGGAUUACCUUGCACCUUAUGCCAAGUAUAAAGUGUGGAUAAAGCCUGGCGCAGAGCAGUCCUUCCUUUAUGGGAACCAUGUGUUGAAAUCUGGUCUGGGUCGAAUCACCGAAAAUACUUCUCAGUACCAGGGCGUGGUGGUAUACUCCAUGGCAGACGUCCCUUUGGGUUUUGGGGUGGCAGCAAAAUCUACACAAGACUGCAGAAAAGUAGACCCCAUGGCGAUUGUGGUGUUUCAUCAAGCAGACAUUGGGGAAUAUGUGCGGCAUGAAGAGACGCUGACUUAAAACGAACUCGUUGCAAGGACAGACGGCUGUGUUGAAGGGCUGAGCUUUGUUUCCUGUGUUUGUGUAGACUGUCAUCAUGUUGAAUUUUGUCAUCACUCUGACCUCUUCAGGGACUUCUUAGUUUACUGUAUUCUCUAUCACUGACAAAUGCAGGCUGGAAUAAUACUGUAUACAGAGAUGGCUCAAAAAUGGGGUUUCAGAUCUUUGUGUUUGUGACAAACUAGAAUACUCUUUCAUAUUCAAAUCAGAGGGCUUCUUGUUCUGAGAAAUAGGUUGAAAAUCUUUGGAACUAGGAACAAGAAUAGCUUAUUGUUAUCUGUGAUAACACUUUUUUUCUAAACUCAUGAUAAGAACACAUGGAUUUUUUCAUUAAUAUGAAAGAUAGACAUUGCCAUAUCAGAAUAGUAGGCCACCUGUGGGGUUUUACAAAUGAAAUUUGGCUAAAAUAAUAAGAGCAAUUUGUUCAGCUGUUUUUCUAUACACUAAGUGCUAUGCAGUAUGGAAGAAAAAUGGGUUCAAAUCCCAGUUCUGCCACCUACCAGCUUUAUGGCCUUGAAUGAGUCAUUCAGCUUUUUUUUUAAAUUUAUUUAAUUAAUUUUGGUCAGGCUGGUCUUGAACUCCCAACCUCAGGUGAUCCACCCGCCUUGGCCUCCAAAGUGCUUGGAUUACAGGUGUGAGUCACCACGCCUGGCCGUCAUUGAGCUUUAAUAAGGUUCAUUUUCUUCUGUUUAAAAAAAGACACAAAAUUUAAAAAGCCGCUUUAGCCAUAUAACUGAGAAUUAGAAAUUCUAAUUUUUGGAAUUAGAAAUCAUGUUUGUAGCUGGGUGCAGUGGCUCACGCUUGUAAUCCAAGCACUUUGGGAGGCCAGCGCAGGCGGAUCACUUGAGGAGUUCAACACCAGCCAACAUGGUGAAACCUCGUCUGUAGUGAAAAUACAAAAAAAUUAGCCAGGUGUGGUGGUACAUGCCUGUAGUCCUAGCUACUUGGGAGGCUGAGGCAGGAGAAUGGCAGUAACCCGGGAGGCAGAGGUUGCAGUGAGCCAAGAUCAUGACAUUGCACUCCAGCCUGAGCAACAGAGCGAGACUCUGUCUCAAACGAACAAACAAACAAAAAGCAAUCAUGAUUGUAAAGUGUCUCGUAUAGUGCCUGGGAAAUGAUAAGUCUGGAAUAAAUGGUAAGAAUUAUUUUUAUGUUAUAUAUAUUAUGUAUUUGUUAUUGAGUGUAGAGUUUUAUUAGUAUAAUUUUAUUCUUUUUUACAAGCUGUUUUCUCAGUUUUUUUUCUUGGAUGGGAUGACCCUAGGCUGGAAUGUUUUUUUCAUCACUGUGGUUUUAUAAAACAUAAUAUUUUCUAUGAACCUUUGCUUACUUGACUGGAUUGGACUAAAGACUACCUGUAUUGCAAAACUACACUGUUUCUUUAAUGAAUAUACUGCUUAAUUUCCAAAGGCAGGGUCUUUAAAAAUAAAACAUUACCAACUCCUGCUUUUA